CCCACCGAAGAAGAAGCUUUGUGACAACCAUUUUCCCUCGUGGACGAAGCAAUACUAAUGCAAUACCCAAUUUAUCGACUGAAACAUGUCUAAACUACAGUCGUUUCGUGUGUUUUUAAAUGAGCGUUUAACUGCGGCAGCUGUGGAGAUUUUUGGGGCAGUUGAAGAAACGGUAGCGGAGUACCACGAGGAGAAUGAUCGGCUACGGAGACUGCUGCGGAUCACACCGGAGAUAAAACUAUGUAGAAUAGACUCCCUGCAGCUCUCUGUCUCUGAAGAGGAGGUUCUCCCUGAGCAGCAGCACUGUGAGCAGGAGUGGAGCCCCAGUCUGGGGCAGGAGAACCCAGAGCUUCCACAGAUUAAAGAGGAACAGGAGAAACUCGGGACCAGUAAGGAAGAAGAGCAGCUUCAAGGUCUGGAGGCUGAUAUCAAAUUUACUCCUUCCUGUGUGAAAAGUGAAUGUGAUCAGGAGGACCCACUUCAGCCCUUCACUUCUCCCCAAACCCAGACUGUGGAGAACAGAGAGAGUGACCCUAAACAAGUGGAUCUCACACCUUUUGUUACUGUGACCCACGUUAAGGGCCUCAACAUUCACGGUGACCCUCCAGAUAAUCAGAACAAUGCCUCCAGCCACAGCUUAGCCAUAAACAGUGACCCAGUAGGACUUGACAGCAGCCCACCGAUGGAUCCCAGCUCAUCAUUUGAUCCCAGCUCAUCAUUGAAUCCAAACCCAUCAAUGGGUGAACACCGUUAUAAACCCAGCACCACGUCUAGAAAAACUCACCACUGUGGUGAAAUGUUUGCUCUGAAAGUUGACCUGCAGAGGCAUGUGACUCUCUUCAAGAAGAGACUCAGUGAAUGCCGCUUCUGCAGAAAACGCUACAACUCCACCUGUAAACUGAAGGCCCAUGUCAGCCUCUGUCACAGUGGGAAACCCAACACCUGCCCUGUUUGUAGCAAGACCUUCAAACUCAAAGGAGACCUGUCCAAGCACAUGAGGAUUCACACAGGAGAGAAACAAUUUAAGUGUGGCGACUGUGGGAAAAGCUUCAAUCGUAAGGAACACGUAACAGUGCACAAGGUGACUCAUACAGGAGAGAAACCAUUUAGCUGUGAUGCUUGUGGGAAAAGCUUCAGUCAGAAAGGGUCCCUAAAGAAGCAUACACUGACUCACACAGAAGAGAAACCAUUUAGCUGUGGUGACUGUGGGAAAAUGUUCAAUCGCAAGGAACGCUUAACCAUACACAUGGUGACUCAUGCAGGAGAGAAACUAUUUAGCUGUGACGACUGUGGGAAAAGCUUCUGUCACAAGGCGUCCCUAAAGAAGCAUACACUGACUCACACAGGAGAGAAACUAUUUAGCUGUGAUGACUGUGGGAAAAGCUUCUGUCACAAGGCGUCCCUAAAGAAGCAUACACUGACUCACACAGGAGAUAAACCAUUUAUCUGUCCUGACUGUGGGAAAAGCUUCAAUCAGAAGGGGAACCUAAGGAACCAUCAACUGACUCACACAGAAGAGAAACCAUUUAGCUGUGAUGACUGUGGGAAAAGCUUCACUCAAAAGUCUAAUUUACUGACGCAUGUGAAAAACAUCCACAAAGGUGGCAAACAGAAUGAAAACUGAAAGAAGAAAGAAAAUUAGGACAAAGAUAUAAUUAGUCACAAGAUCAGGAUGUGGACAAUAUUCUGAGUACACUCUCAUAGACACAAAUAGCUGGAAUAAGUAAAUUGAGUCAAUGAGAGGAUAGUCAGAUUAACUGAUGACUAAAUUAGCAGUGCAGAUGGCACUAUUUUGUUAAGUGCAGAGAUGUAUUAUGGGUAUGAAUGUGUCGAGGACUUCUGAAAUUCUACAGAUUUUGUGGCCCAGCAGGAAGAUCAGCAUAUCCCAAAUCCAGAGGUUGUCAGUUCAAAUCCCAGGUUGGGUCAUAUUGAAAAGUCUACUAAGUGAUCAUGUCAAAUGUAAUCAUAUUGUCAUUGAGUACCUUUUUUUAUUUAUUUUUUAUUUUUUUAUUUUUUUUACACCAGUUUUGCUAAACAGUGUAUCACUAACCUUAACAGAAUACAUGGUUCCAAAUAAAAUACAAUUGUAUUGGUCACA